UUUAUCAAGUAUUGAUAUGACGUUAUGAUUCCAUGAAAUUGAAAUCCUAAUUUAUUUUCAUAUCUGGUUUAACAGGUAAAAUUUAAAGGUAAAAUAGUGAAGUGCUAAUUUUCUUUUCUACUGUCGUAUAAAAUGGCUACUCCAAAUAAUUAUGUACCAAGUGCUCCUGUUGUCACUUCUGGGCCAAAUGAUCUUCCGCCACCAUACUCCGCUGUCGUUGGAAAUCCACAAUAUGGCUUUGUGGCACCACCAGCAGAACCAAUGCCCGCAGGCGGUGUUUAUCCUCAACCAAAACAAUUUACUGCAACUGGAGUUUACCCUCAUCCGCCGGGCAUAACUGCGCAACCUCAGCCUGGAUUAAUGGGUGCAGCCCCGUCCGGUGCAUCUGUUCCCGUGGGUAUAGUACUUCCGCCCGCAGUGGGGACAGAUCCAACAACAAUAACAUGCUACAAUUGCGGCAAAGUUGUCACAACAAGAGUUACAUACACAACAGCCUGGCACACACAUUUAGUCGCUGGAUCCAUAUGCGUAACCACAAUGGUAUGUUCAUUGUGCUGCCUGGGUCUGAUACCAUACUGCUUUGACAACUUCAAGGAUGCUGAGCAUUACUGCCCCAACUGCAACACUUUUAUCGGAAAAAACUCCAAAUGCUAAUUAUGUUACUAAUUGAAUCAUUUGUGGUUAAACAUACAUUAUAUGGUAAACACCUUAAAUUUAUAGGAACACUAAAUAUCUACAAUGUUAGCUUU